AUGUUGGCUGCCCGCUUGUUCCGCCGCUCGGUCCCGGUGCUGAGGCAUGUCCGAGCCUACGCGGAGGCGGUGUCUGGAGCUCCGCAGAUGUCCUUCACGUUCGCCUCCCCGACACAGGUGUUUUUCAACGCUGCCAGUGUGAAACAGAUUGAUGUGCCCACCCUGACCGGUGCGUUUGGUAUCCUCCCCGCUCACGUCCCAACACUCCAGGUGCUCAGGCCUGGUGUUGUCACAGUUUUCAAUGAGGACGGCUCAUCCACGAAAUACUUUGUGAGCAGUGGUUCAGUGACGGUCAAUGCAGACUCCUCAGUACAACUUUUGGCUGAAGAGGCAGUUCCACUGGACCAGUUGGAUGUUGCAGUGGCCAAAAGCAACCUAGAAAAGGCCCAGGCGGAUCUGAUGAGUAUAUCUGAUGAAGCUGCAAAAGCAGAAGCUCAGAUCACUGUAGAAGCCAAUGAAGCCAUUGUCAAAGCUCUGGAGUAA